AUGAAUCUCUCCGGGAGGUUUUUUGUAAAGUCGAAUUAUAUACGGGCUGCUAAAGAUGAAUGGAUUCUGUGUGAUGUAAGACUUUUAACUGAUGAUACCGACACAUUUUUGUGCAUUAAAUCACUACCUUCUUCGAUUUUAUUGAGUGAACAUAACAACUGCAUAGAGAACAACGUUGAUAAACUCCCUGAAAAAAGUCCGUAUCGGCCAGAAAACUUUGCCACGAGACCAUUCACUGCACUAUGUAAUCUAAGUGAAUAUAAAUCAUGUUCAAUGAGAACAGAGGCCGUUAACUCGAGUGCCUCGUUUGCACUUAAACUUGUGCCUUCGAGUGUUUUCGGAAAUAAAAAACUUCUCAUUGCUACAGAAGAUGAGAACGAGAUCACCACUUGGUUGGCCAUUUGUAAGACAUGUAUAGGGAAGAAGUCGAGAAAUGGCUCUUCAAAUAACAGAGACCUGGCAUGUAAUUUGGGAACGCUUAGCAAAUCUGGCAGCUUUAUGUCACUUAAACCAAACUCACAGGCUUGUGAAAGUGAAUUUGACGAUGGACUAAUGGACAAUGAGGUUUAUGAGGCAUACUCUUCAGAAGAUAAAAUUCCUGCACUUCUUGAAGAAGCUGGUGAUUGGAUGAAAUUACAUUUAUGUCAACCAGAUUGUUAUUUACGUUUAACAACAGAUCGUUUAGAAGUUUUGGAUUUUUACAGUCAUAAACCUGUACACUGGUUUCCCUACCUACUGAUACGUAGAUUUGGUGCAUCCAAUGGUGUAUUACGUGUUGAUGCUGGUCGAAGAUGUUCCACUGGUGAUGGCAAAUUCUUCUUUAGAUGUAGUCCACCAAAUGGUCAACCAGUUGAUGCUUUAGUUACACAAAUACGACAAUUAGCAUUGGAAGCGAAACAACGUACUAAACGUAGUCAAUUAACAUUGAGUAAUUUAGAGUUACAUGCCAAUAACAAUACUACUACUAAUAAUAAUGAUAGUGGCACUCUUCCUAAUAAUAUUAAUCAUCAUACCAAAGUAGGCGAAUCAUUCGUUAAUACAAAUGAUAAUUUGGAUAAUGAUCAAUUAGAUGGCAGUAUUCAUGGAACAUUACCACGUGCAAGAUCUAAGCGUACAAAAUUACCAAGUGAAUCUGCAAUGUUACGAUCUAGUUCAAAUUCUAUUAAUGGUGGUAAUAGAAGCAAUAAUAAUAAUGGAAGCAGUGGUCUAUCAGAGUCUUUUCCUCCGAAAGCCACUCCGGAAUCAUCGGAUGAUGUCGAUUCACAGGUAAUUCCAUCAAAUACCAAUGAUAAAAAUGAAGUAUUUAAAGCGACUUUGUGUAAAGCAGCAGUACAUAAGAAUGAUCGAGAAUCAGUGAAUAUAUCAUCAAAUCUUUAUGAUAAUCUACCACGUCCACCACGUCGUGGUUCACGUUUAGCAGGAGCAAUUAAUGUACUUCCAUUACCGGCACGUAGUCACAAACAAAAAGAUUUACACAAUUCUGCAAACAUUGAGACACCAAUUAGCACUAAUGAUACACAGUUUUCUACAGAUACUCUUGAUAAUUUAGUAAAACUUAAUUCUAAGCAUAUAAGAGCACAGUCUUCAUUAGGAUCGUUAACAUUAUCGUCAUCAUCACCAACAUCGACGAUAACUACAACAUCACCAGCAGUUACUCCAUAUACAACACCAAAUGAAUCAUCUUCAAUGGUAACUCCAUCAACUAUUUCUUCACCUUCUUCAUCAGUAUCAUCAUCACCAUCGGUAUCUCUAGCCUUUAUGAGUAAAAAAGCGGUGACUCCUACUUGUCUAUCACAAUCCUCGUUAGCACCAUCCAGUCGUCUUCAUUUGUACAGUAGAAGUAAUGAAACUAAUAAUACAGUAACAUCGUCUUCGUUAUCAUCGGUAAACUUUAUAGACAGUUCAGAAAUAAAGACAACUGAUACAUUUUCUUCCAUUCCAACAUCUUCUACGAUAAAGACAACAAUGACCGCAACGACGCCGAUUUCGACGACUCAGACACUAACAUCAUCCUCACCAUCAUCCAAUUCAGUCGUUAAAUCUUUAAUACAAUCGUAUACUUCUAUAUCGUCAAAUAAUUCAAACUACUAUGCUAACAAUCACUCUGUUGAUGAUAAUCUGACAAAUAAAUCAAAGCCUUCUUCAUUGUUUGUCCCAGUUACCACCAUCACCACCACCACAACAACAAUAUCAUCAUCAUUAAAAUCUCCAGCUUCAAUUUCGUUUUCCUCAGCAGUUAAAACUACACCAACUAAUGGUUACAAUAAUGAUGGUGAAUCAAGAACAGGCAAUCAUAAUUCAACAAAUAAACUGUUAAAUUUAAGUGGAAAAAUGCGGGUACCCUCAUCGAUGAAUUCACAGUCAGAUAUUCCUGAUCCUCAACAACAGAAACAACAACUUCCAAGUAACUUUUCCCACUUUACCAACUCCAAAUCUAGUUCAGCUUCAUUAUUUCUAUCUGGACCUCAUCCAACAUUAAAGCAACAACAUACAAAUGUUACUUCUAGUCCUUCUUCUUCGUCAUCUUGCACAUUGUCAACAUGUUCAUCAACUACGAACAACAACAUUGUUAAACCAAUUUCUUUACCAGUUAAAGUAGAUUCAGUAUUCCGAGCUGAAAAGACCAUUCCCCGUAGAUCCUUAGAGGUAAACAAUAACAAUGCUAUCAUCCACAAUAACAACAACAACAGUGAAUCUAUACAAAGUCCCAUCAAUAACCCUGUACUAAAUUCUAAUAAUAAAAUACGAGUGACAAAAGAUGAUUCACGUCGAUAUUUAAGUGAAUUAGAUAGUGUAAUUAAAGAACUCUGUGAAGCUAAUGAAGCAGCUGUACAAGCUACACGUGAAGCAGCACAAAGAAGACAAUAUCUAGGCUGGUCAUCAUCAACGAAUUCACAAUUGAAAUUAACACCAACAAAUGAACCAAAUAUAAUACCUAUCCCAAGUAGUACUAAUGCCUAA